AUAAUUCUUCUUCAUGAAGUCAACGUACGGCUGCAGCCGCUGCUUCUGCCAGUACCACCUGACCCAGGAAACACAGGGGGAACAACACAACACACUAUAUCAACUGCCAGUUAUGGUUAAAGACUUGUAUAUGCUCAAAGACACCAAAGAAUACAACACACAACUCUUUAACUGAAAGUACACUAUUUCCUAGCGAUGUAGUGUAAAGCAGGGAAAGUGUAUGGCGUCCUCACCAGAACCACUCGCUUCCGAAGCUCGGCACGGAGAACACCCCCCAGUGGAUGAAGAUGCCAAACUUCGCCUGGUCGAACCACGCGGGCAGCGGUCGGCUGUCGAGCGAACUCCAGUUCGGCUCGAACUUCGCUCGGCUGGAGCAAAACAGCACCGAGAGGAGGAGGAGGAAACACACCGAUGCUGCUGCCAUCUUUCAGCUGAAAAUCACCGAGUGCUGUUCAAAGAUCCGGAGCACCCAGGGACCGUCACAUGAUGAAGCACAGCGUUUACAAUACAAUAACACGAGACAUUAAAUCACAGGGACACAUCAGAGAGAGCUGCUGCGAUAAAAGCUGCGGCUCCUUUAAGUCCUUUCGAAAGUUCAGUCAGCUGACCGUCCCACUGCUGAGCCUCGACCCAUCACGUCGGAUGGAACGCCUCUUCCCGUGGCAACGCUGCGUUCCACUCCUCUACGCAUGCGCAGGUCGCCUCGCUUUGCAGAAGUCGGUACUGUUGUGUUUUUAAAGCAUGCUGUUAACGCUGCACUGAGUCCUCAUGCAGGGGUACGUAGACUGCCACUGUCACAUCUCCGCCAAGGAUUUUGACAAGGACUUAGAGGAGGUGGUGCAGAGUGCGAAACAGGCUGGAUUGUUGGCCAUAUUAGCUGUGGCCGAACAUGCUGGGGAAUUUGAGAAGAUCAUUGAGUUGACACAGAGGUUCCCAGGUUUUGUUUUUCCCUGCCUGGGAGUCCACCCGGUUCAGGAGUUUUCCCCGGAGCAGCAGAGGGGGGCCUCUCUCGAGGAUCUAGAUGCUGCUCUGCCUCUAAUAGAGAAAUACAAAGACCAGCUGGUGGCCAUCGGAGAGGUCGGUCUGGAUUUCACCCCCCGGUUUGUGAAGGGGGAGACGGAUAAAGACGUCCAGAGGAAAGUCCUGAUCCGGCAGGCUCAGAUCGCCAAAGAGCUGGAUCUGCCUCUAAAUGUUCACUCCCGUUCUGCAGGACGACCCACCAUCCAGCUGCUCAAAGAGCAAGGCGUAGAGAAAGCUCUCCUCCAUGCGUUCGAUGGAAAGCCCUCAGUGGCCAUGGAGGGGGUGAAAGCUGGGUAUUACUUCUCCAUCCCCCCCUCUAUAGUCCGCAGUGAGCAGAAGCAGAAGCUGGUGAAACAGCUGCCGUUAGAGAACAUCUGUCUGGAGACGGACUCUCCCGCUCUCGGCCCGGAAAAACAGGUGAGGAACGAGCCGAGGAACGUGGUGGUCUCUGCAGAGUUCAUCAGUCGCGUCAAAGGAGUCUCUCUGCAGACGGUGAUGGACGUCACCACGCAGAACGCUCUCAGACUCUUCCCCAGGAUCAAAAACAAACUCAGACCCUGAAACUGACCCUAAAUGCUCAGAGACUGGUGAAUCGGAUCCAACAAAGAUUCCCUGUUAAAUGUAAUACAGUAUAAUCAGACCAGGUGUAGGAAGAAGGAACACCUGGACUGUUUGCAGAGAUGCAGGUGGAAAACACCUUGCUUAUUCUCUGUAAUUGAAGGGGUAAAUUUACAAGAUAAAAACUCAGAUUUGUUAGAAAAUCUUAUCUUUUGUGUAAAGUUUUUGUGAUUCAUAUUAUUAAAUCAUACCUUUGUGACAAAAGAUUUAGAAAUCCUCUGAAAUUAAAGAGGCAGUGUAAAAUAAAAUACUCGUACAUUUAGAACAGUGAAUACACUGUAACAUUUAAGUAGUAGAUUUAUGGGGGAGAACAUGGAUUUAUUUCCUUAAAUUCACCAAGUUAUUCACUGAAAAGUUUUCUUCGUAAUUUUACAACUUUUAUUUCUAAAUGUUUGGAUUUGUUCUGCUGAAUAUUACUUCUCUCCCCCAGCUUUAUUACAUAUUUGUUACCAACAUUGGACCUAAAGCUUACACUACACAAGUAUUACAUCUAAAACACCAACAGUGUGUGUGUGGACUAUGUACCUUUACUUCAAAGUUUCUUAUUUAUCUCCAUUUAUUUUCUUAAAUAAAGGAAGAAGAGAUUUUAAAUCACA